AUGCCUAGAUGGCUAGGCAUCUACCAGCUCAAAUUAUGUUUUCUAUACCGUUAUCAUUAUUAUUCUGAGGUGCCAAAUUCAAUUUCAAAGCAUAUAGGUCCAUCGACAUCAGAGCGUUUCAAUUUAAAUGGAACAACAACACGUCGUUUCCACCACACGCAGACGCCACGUAGUUCAAACGCACGCGUGCCACACGACACGCUUUACGAGGUUCGACGGCAAUUACCAAAUUGGAGUAGAAAGACGACGAUUUCUCAGUUCUCCGAUCAACGAGAUAAAAUGGAAGUGCAAAUCGAAGACUCUGGGAAGGCGAAGCAGAUGGUGGUGCUUCUAAUUGGUCCGCCUGGAAGCGGCAAAUCCACGUUUUGUGACACCGUUAUACGAUCUUCUCACCGCCCCUGGUCUCGCAUCUGUCAGGACAUUAUUAGCAAUGGGAAAGCAGGAACCAAAGCUCAGUGCCUAAAGAUGGCUAUGGAUUCUCUUAAGGAAGGCAAAAGCGUCUUUAUAGACAGAUGCAAUCUUGACAAGGCGCAGCGCUCGGAGUUCAUUAAGCUCGGUGGUCCUGAGGUUGAAGUCCAUGCAGUGGCUCUGGAGCUUCCUGCUCAGGUUUGUAUAUCUCGAUCAGUCAAAAGAACCGGUCACGAAGGAAAUCUGCAGGGCGGAAGAGCUGCAGCUGUUGUGAAUAAGAUGCUUCAGAGUAAAGAACUUCCCAAAGUGAACGAAGGGCUCUCUCGGAUUAUGUUUUGUUACAACGACGCAGAUGUUGAGAAUGCUGUUAAAACGUAUAGCGCGCUUGGCCCAAUGGAUAGUCUUCCUUCUGGCUGUUUUGGCCUAAAGAGUUCAGACACCAAAAGCCAACCUGGUAUCAUGAAGUUUUUUAAGAAAGUCACUGCGCUUCCUGCUUCAUCUUCUAAUGAAGUUACUGAAGCAACUCGCAGAGCUACUGAAGCUACUACUGAAGCAACUCGCAAAGCUGAUGAAAAGGUAGAAAAUUUCCGAGAUUCGCCAGCUAAGCUCGGUUCUGCUGAUAUUGUACCUACACUGGCGUUUCCGUCAAUUUCUACUGCGGAUUUCCAAUUUGAUCUUGAAAAGGCAGCUGAUAUCAUUGUCGAGACAGCCGAGGAAUUCCUGCCUAAACUUGGGACUGCACGGCUUGUCUUGGUCGACUUGAGCCACGGGUCAAAGAUUCUAUCUUUGGUCAAGGCUAAGGCUUCUCGGAAGAACCUUGAUUUAAGGAGGUUUUUCACAUUUGUCGGAGACAUAACUAAGCUUCAUUCAGAAGGUGGUUUGCACUACAAUGUUAUAGCUAAUGCUGCUAACUGGCGGCUUAAACCUGGAGGUGGAGGUGUAAACGCAGCGAUAUACAAAGCGGCUGGUCCAGAUCUCGAGGCUGCGACAAGAGCACGAGCAAACACUCUUCUUCCUGGAAAAGCCGUGGUGGUUCCUCUUCCUUCUACUUGUCCUUUGCAAAAUGCAGAAGGAAUCACACAUGUGAUACAUGUUCUAGGUCCAAACAUGAACCCAAACCGUCCAAACUUCCUUAACAACGACUACACCAAGGGCUGCAAAACUCUCCGGGAGGCUUACACAUCUCUCUUUGAAGGCUUCCUGUCGAUAGUACAGGAUCAAUCAAAGUUUCCCAAACGAAGCAGUCAAGCAACUAUGUCAGAUUCUGGUGAGAAUAUCAAUGAAGAAUCCGAGAGAAACACAAAAAAGUACAAGGAAGAUAAGGCCAUAGCUAACAGUUUGGAAUCUGGGGUUGUGGAUGAUACUAGAGACAGUGAUUUGAAAAUGAGUAAAGGGUGGAGCUCAUGGGCAUUGGCACUCUACAACAUUGCUAUGCACCCAGAGAAAUACGAGAAUGUCGUGCUUGAGUCUUCAGACGACAUUGUUGUGAUAAACGACCAGUACCCGAAGGCGCGGAAACACUUGCUAGUAGUGGCGAGACAGGAGAGUGUAGAUGGACUAGAGGAUGUCCGCAAGGAGAAUCUUCAACUUCUGCAGGAAAUGCACAAUGUUGGUCUCAAAUGGGUCGAGAAAUUCCAGAAAGAGGACGCAUCUCUUAUCUUCCGCCUUGGCUAUCACUCGGUUCCGUCCAUGCGACAACUACACUUGCACGUUAUAAGCCAAGAGUUUGAAUCAGAUAACUUGAAGAACAAGAAACACUGGAACUCAUUCACGUCCUCGUUCUUCCGUGACUCGGUCGAUGUGCUUGAAGAGGUUAAGAGCCAAGGAAAGGCCAAUGUGGCGAGCGAAGAUCUUUUGAAAGGUGAGCUUCGUUGCAAUCGGUGUAGAAGCGCACACCCGAAUAUUCCCAAGCUCAAAUCGCAUGUCAGAAUCUGCCGUUCUCACUUUCCUGACCAUUUACUCCAUAACAAUCGUCUUUUGGUUCGACCAGAGUAA